GGCUCAGUACGGAGGGGGGAUAUUUGUGGCAGAUGAUACAGAUAGUGGUGCCUGCAGAGUAGGGGCCAUAGAAACUGAUGCUACUCGCACCAUUUUUGCUGACUGCCUCUGCUUCAUUCAAACAAUUAAAUUGCAUGGGGUACUGGACAUCAAUUCUCCAAACUACUUCAACACAUUCAUGACUAAUAACACAGCUACCCAGUCAGGAGCAGGCAUCUACGGAGGUAUGUUGGACAGGUGUACAGUAAGUCAAAAUGCUGAAUAUAAAUCUUCAAACGGAUUGGACUACAUAAAAAAAACUGUCAAAUCCUCCAUCGAGCCACUAUCAAUCUCCUCUAGGCCUGUUCAGGUGAUUUUUUGUCAAUAUAACUAUGUUUCUCCAAAAAAGGGACAAAUGUUUACAAUCAGUGUUAUGGCUGUUGACCAAAUUGGAAAUCCCAUGAAUGCCACCAUUCGGAGUUCUGUUAUUACUGAGAGUGGAUUUGAUCGUUUCAAAGAAGGACAGACACAACAAUCAGUUGGCAAUCAGUGCACAGAAUUAGAGUACAAUGUAUUCUCACAAGACAGCUUUGCUCAGGUGGAACUCUAUGCCGAGGGUCCAUGCACCAACUUGGGAAUUUCAAGACAAAUUAUUAAUAUUUCUUUUCAACCCUGCACAUGCCCUAGUGGACUUCAGCCAAUUACAUCAGAUAUUGAGUGCAAGUGUGACUGUGAUGCAGACUUGCAACAAAGAUAUCAGAUAACAAAUUGUUUUGAGGAAAAUGGAGCCAUAACACUGGAAAGAAAUAACAACACAUGGAUAGAAGUCAUAAAUACCACCAAUGGAACAGGGUAUGUUGUUGGCAGCUGUACACUUGACUAUUGCGUACAAAAACCAGUCAACAUCAGUCUAAUUAACCGAAACGAACAGUGUGCCUACAAUCGAAGCGGUGUCCUGUGUGGAGAAUGUGAACCAGGACUAAGUCUUGUGUUGGCUACAUCAAACUGUAAAGAAUGCUCUAAUCUUAACCUUCUUCUACUAAUACCAUUUGUGCUGGCUGGCAUAUUGCUAGUUACUUUAAUUCUCGUGCUCAACAUCACUAUAGCAACUGGAAAUAUUCAUGGCCUCAUUUUUUACGCCAACAUAGUAGCUGCUAAUAGAGCAAUUUUCUUUCCUAAUUUAAACAACUUUUUAAUAGUUUUCGUAUCAUGGGUGAAUCUUGACUUGGGAAUCGAGACGUGCUUUUACAAUGGAAUGAACUCUCAAGUAAAAGUGCUUCUUCAACUAGCUUGUCUUUCCAACUUACUUGUUUCUUCUAAUGUUCUUAAUAAUUAUUUUAAGCAAGUAUUGUAGCUUAUUUGCAAAGCUCCUCUCCAACAGGAACCCAGUUGCUGCCCUAGGCACACUCGUCCUACUCUCUUAUUCUAAAUUCUUACGGUUUAUCGUUGCUGCACUACAAAACAGGGUCUUGGAAUAUUCCGACGGUUCAACCAAGACUGUUUGGUUGUUUGACGGCAAUAUGCCAUACUUUACUUCCAAACACAUUCCUCAGUUUGUUGCUACAGCCAUAAUCCUCAUUGCUGGUGGCUUGUUCACUGUACAGCUUUGCCUUGGACAAUGGUUACCACGCUGUUCCAAGGUUAUGAUAUGGACCAAGAACACAUAUUACACUGGCUUCAUGGAUGCAUACCAUGCUCCAUUCACUCCCAAGCAUCGCUACUGGGUGGGACUGCUCCUCUUUGCUCUGAUUGCUCAUAAUCUAGUAGCUGCCAUGGCUCCAGAUACUUCUCUCCCUGUGCUAUCAGCUGGGGUUUUAUCAGUUGGACUGAUAACAUUGACCAACCGAGUACACAAAAAACAACUAAGUGAAUAUCUAGAAACGUUAUUUCUGCUUAAUCUCUGCAUUCUAUCUUAUGGCACCUCCUAUGUUGUUGAAACAAACCGACAGCAAGAAUCACUGACCAUUGUUUCAAUGUCUGUAGCUUUCAUUCUCUUUGUGACAAUCAUCAGCUACCAUUUCCACCACUUCAUACUAAAGAAGACCAAAAUAUGGCCCAAGAUAAAGAAAUGUGAUAAGAACUUGAGAACUGGUGCUGCAGACAAAAAGAACCGACAAUCUAACAACACCAUGGCAAUGUAUCAGCUUGCAGCCAACGAUGACAAUGAGCAACUUAAAGCUGAGCAAAUAGAUAUUGAGGACCCACCACCUUACACUGAUGGAGCAGUGGAAGAAGCUGACCCUGAUCGUUACAUCACUCCUCCCAUCAUCAGACCAGCCACAAGGCCGGACCAGCUGAGACUAUCCUACAUGGAUGAUCUAGCCCCCCUCACCACAGAGGACUACAGACCAGCCCCUCCCCCUCCAAGAGUCAAUCGUUGUCCUGUUGUUACAUACACAGAAAUUAGCCUCAUAAAAAAUGAAGUGUGAACUGUCUUAUUUAGAUGAGGUUAUAAACAUAAUUAUACUUUUAUUAUUAUGUACAACUUAAAAAUAAUAUUUUGUAGGCCAUAAUUAGUUUCCAUCAGUUACUGUAAUUGUUUAUAAUUAUGUUACUAGAUAUGUAGAAUCAAAAAUGGUUGUGUUAUAUGAUUUAUACUGAUUCCUACAAAUGUUGGCAAAGACAUAAUAUAUGGCCUUUGGGCCUCCGUUA